GCUCUGCUAGCCAAACUGCUAGAUCUCGUCCCAACUGCCCAGGACGCAGCAGGACGUCACAGCCGCCAACCAACUUCCGAACGACUGCCGCGUCUGUCGCAUAUCCUUCACCGUACAUCGCUGCGCGCACUACAAUGUUUCGUUGAGCAAUAUUUGUCGGCGCAUAUAAACGCGCAUCUAAACGCGCAUAUAAACGCGCAUAAUCCCCAUUUUUGGACCAAGAAGAUCGACCAAGUUACAGCCGCGCCAUGGACUCACCACCGAUGCAUUCCGCACGACCAUGGACGCCGCCCGAGUCCGAAGCGCAUGGGAGCCCGGAGUCCGCCUACUUCUCAGACCCCUUCAGACGAGCGUCGAGCUGCGCAUCCGAUAUGGACCACCGCUGGCCGCUUUCACAACCUCGCCCAGGCACCCCUGGCAGAAAGAGCAAACGCUGCGACACACCAAAUGAGCCGCUCAGUGUGUCCAGGCCGAAGCCUCACUAUACAGUCACCGAACCUGCGCCAUACACACCCACGAAGACCUGCAGCCUACUCGAAAAUCAUGCGCCGGGCGCGCUGCGCUACCCGUACACACCCGAGAGCUCGCGCAUACUACGCGCAAGCACAGUUGGCUCGCUAUCGCCUAUACCUUGGGACACCGACUCGCAUUACUCUGUGUCGCCAGUGCAAAAUGCGCUUUCAUCUUGCAUCGCGCAUUUUGAGCACCUCACCGCGACGCGGGAGCUUACCGAGGACCAGAUGGAGUACAUCGUUGGACAAUUUGAGAACAUGACUUCGUACCUCGCUGCGCCAGAUGUGCAGACAAAGGAAGGUACCGAGGAUCUGUUCUCUGGUGGAGACCUACCGCGCCCUGCCAGUCCUCAACCCAACGCCAAGGUUACAGAGGAUGACGGUAGCUACAUGGCUGAAGUCGGGAAGUACAUCGAGGGCGUUCAGAUCUACACUGCGGACCUGAAGAGGCGCUUCGAUGAAGCCAAAGCGUUGAACGAGAUCCAGCUCGCCAUCAUCGACGAUCUGCGGAGAGACAUGCACGCAGUGCAGCAGAACAUGCAGGAUUCACUCCACUCAAGUCCUCGGGAGCAGCGGAGAGCGAGCAGUCCAGGCAGAAAAGACGUGGACAGUAGCUGGGAGUCAAUGGAGACUGCGGUCGAUGACGCUGAGGACGAAGACAACUCGAAAGUCGCUACACCCAAACCAACAGUGGUCGACUCCGUUACACAGACCGAUGGCUGCAGGAGACUCAUCGUUGCUCGCAAGCCCAAACAACCUGUACAACGUAGUUUCUGGACUGCUCUCUACGAGGCUCUUGACGGCUUCAGCGACCAUCUGCACGAACGCUGAUCAUUUACCUUCCCUUCUGUCACAAGUUUCCUUUGUUGUUUAUCUCCAUCGUUUUUCCUUUUUCCGCUUCUAGCUCAUCUUCACUAGGGAAACGGCCUCACCACGGCAUAGGAGGGCGUUCACUUACAGGAUACCACAGCUUCACAGAUUUUUGGAUACGAAGCUACGAGCUGCAUAGCGAUGGCGCAUAGUGUGUUCUCCUACCAUUGGCUUCGCUCGCUUGAGCGAGCGUUAGGAUACCUCUGAGUAUACCAGAGACAUUUUGUUCAGAGAUGAUCGAUUUUCUUGUCGAGUAUAAUCUUUGCUGUUAUUUCCCCGAGUCUGCCUCUUUUAUUAUUCCUGAUUCUUGACUUAUAGUGUUUGUAAUUUGUCAA